AUGGCUCAGAUUAACUUGAACUACGAUAAGUUGCAAGAACUGUUUGAGGCGAGCGACCGGGUGGAUGAGUUCCGUAUCAAGGAGCCGGCCUCUAGAACUAUAGAAAGCCAAAUGGAGGUCGAAAUGGACAUCCUUAAAAUAUAUGAGGACAUUUUAAGUCAGGAGAAAAGCCAAUUCCCUAUUCUUACACGCAAGAGACAUUCCAAAUACAUCAACACAUUUUUGAGCCGCCCAUUGCCUGCUCCAUUUACGGCUCUGGACGCUUCUCAUCCCUGGAUCAUCUACUGGCUUGUGAACUCUAAGGCACUUCUCGGUGAGGAAAUAGACUCAGAGCUGUCCGAAAACAUUGGCCACAAAGUUCUCGAAUGUGUGGAUUCCGAAACGGGGGCGAUUGGGGGAGGAAAUGGUCAGAUGGCCCACAUGGCCGCUACUUAUGCUGGUUUGUUGGCUUUAACAGUAAGUAAAAGUUAUAAAGCUGCUGCCCAGCUCGAGAGAUCCAAAAUCUACAACUGGCUGCUAGAAAUGAAGCAGCCUGACGGCUCUUUCAUCAUGCAUUACAAUGGAGAAGCAGAUACCAGAGCCGUGUACUGUGCAAUCUGUGUUGCUUCUCUACUGGACAUUAUGGACGACAAGCUUGCGUACAAGGCAAUUGACUGGCUGGCCAGCUGCCAAACGUAUGAGGGUGGAUUUUCAGGCUAUCCUGGCGAUGAAGCUCAUGGAGGAUACACUUUUUGUGCUGUAGCAGCACUGUCAAUGUUGAAAUCUCCUAGUGAUUUAGCAUCCGUGAUUGAUCUGGACAAUUUGAUCAGCUGGACUGUUCAAAGGCAGUAUAGCUUGGAGGGAGGACUUAGUGGACGUACAAAUAAGCUCGUUGAUGGAUGCUACAGUCAUUGGGUUGGAGGGCUGACACCGUUACUCGAGAUUGCUACGGGUCAGAAAGACCUUCUCAAUCGAAUCCAGUUGCAAAACUACAUUCUCUGCUGUUGCCAGGAUGAGCCUGCAGGCCUUCGGGAUAAGCCGUCUGCUCGGGCAGAUUUUUAUCAUACAAAUUACGUGCUCUGCGGACUGAGCAUGACGCAGCACUAUCAAGAGUACAAGGACGGCGAGUACAUUGGACACCGCAUUUCGGAUCCGAGCGUAACCGAAGUUUCAGAUAUAAACCACGUGCGCUCGUUGGACCCGGUUUAUGGCGUCCCGAAUGGACUGGCUUCCCAGAUGAUCGCUUUGUAUAGAGCUUGA